GGGGUCCUCCGGACUCAUCGGCGCCUCGCGCGCGUCCUCUCGCGCGUGACGUCACGCAGGGACACGCUCCACGCGACAAGUGUAGACAAGAUGGCGCUCGCUGUUGUGCCACAGGAGUAGCCAGUGCUUGACGAAAAAAAAAUCAGAUUAACCAUCAUGCCUUGGGAGGAGCUGGUUUCACUGCUGGCUGCCGUCACCAUGGCGAUGUGAAGAGGGCAGUGACUAACUGUGAUGGACAGGUGUAAGCACGUGGGUCGCUUAAGGCUCGCGCAAGACCACUCGAUCCUGAACCCGCAGAAAUGGCACUGUGUGGACUGCAACACCACAGAGUCGGUGUGGGCAUGUCUCAGCUGUUCACAUGUAGCGUGCGGACGCUACAUAGAAGAACAUGCGCUUCAGCACUUUAAGGAGCAACACCACCCUUUGGCCCUGGAGGUGAACGAAUUGUAUGUAUACUGCUACUUAUGUGAUGACUACGUGCUGAACGAUAACGCGACCGGUGACUUGAAGCUGCUGCGUAGCACGUUAAGCGCAAUUAAGAGCCAGUGCUAUGAAGUCACCACGCGCAGUGGCCGCACCUUGCGCUCAUCCUCGGCCGCAGGAGACCAGCUGUCGACCAGCACGCAGGAGCUGCAGUUGCGCGACGAAGACCGCAUGUUCACUGCACUGUGGCACCGCCGCCGCGCCCUGAUCGGCCGCGUGUUCCGCUUGUGGUUUGCACAAACAGAACGAGGGAAGAAGCAAUUGGAGGAGGAGCGGCAACAGGAGGAAGAGGAGGAGAGGAAGCGGGAGGCACGGGAGAGAAGGCGGCAACUCAAACGGCAGCUCAAGGAGGAACUGGAAAGCGCACCUCCGAGGAAGAGCCAUCGCAUUCGGCGGCAGAGCCUCAAGGCAGCUUCUACAGAUGCCACGGCAGUUUCAACCAAAAGCACCAAAUCUGUGAGGCGCAGGUCUGCUCCUGCUCGCGUCUCCACACCUACUCCACGAACUCCUAGAGUGAGAACGCCUCAGCAGAGGCCCUGUUCACAAGCCAAGGCCAAACGGUCUCGGGCCCCACCUCCUAAAACCGGUGAUUCGCCUAUAAAACGGCGGCCUACUGUAACUCCAGGGGUAACUGGUUUGCGCAACCUUGGCAAUACUUGCUACAUGAACUCGAUAUUGCAGGUUCUGAGUCACUUGCAUGUAUUCCGGGAGUGUUUUUUGAGGCUGGAUCUGAACCAAGCACUGGAGCUGCUAGCUUCUGCGGUCAGCCACAAGUUGGGACUCUCUAGUCAGCGCAUGCCCCAGCAAAAAUACUCUAACCAGGGGUCAGGGCUCAGCGGAGGGGCCUCUCGUUCGCGCAACAUGGAGCUCAUACAACCGAAGGAGCCCAGCUCGAAACACAUCUCGCUUUGUCACGAGUUACACACACUGUUCCAGGUGAUGUGGUCGGGCAAGUGGGCUUUGGUGUCUCCGUUUGCGAUGUUGCACUCCGUGUGGCAGCUGAUUCCGGCGUUUCGGGGUUACGCACAACAGGACGCGCAGGAAUUUCUUUGCGAACUCUUAGAUAAAGUACAGCAUGAGCUGGAACGGACCAGAACGCUCACCCCUGCCACUGUUCCGGCCAAUCAGAGACGGCUUAUCAAACAGGUCCUCAGCGUGGUCAACACCAUCUUUCACGGCCAGCUCCUCAGCCAGGUGAGGUGUUUAGCAUGCGAUCAUCGCUCAAACACAAUAGAGCCCUUCUGGGAUCUUUCUUUGGAAUUCCCGGAACGUUACCACAGCAACAGUAAGGAUGCUGCACAGGUUCCGUGUGGGUUGACGGAGAUGCUGGCAAAGUUUACAGAAACCGAGGCUUUGGAGGGAGCAAUCUAUGCUUGCGACCACUGCAACAACAAACGACGGCGAUUCUGUUCAAAGCAGGUGGUCUUGACUGAAGCUCAGAAACAGCUGAUGGUUCACAAACUGCCUCAUGUUCUCAGGCUGCACCUCAAACGCUUCAGGUGGUCUGGGCGAAACCACAGGGAGAAGAUUGGCGUUCACGUUCAGUUUGAGCAGGAGCUGAACAUGGAACCCUACUGCUGCAAAGACUCCAGUAACUUACCCCACCCUCAACACUUCCUCUACCAACUCUCUGCUGUCGUCAUGCAUCACGGGAAGGGAUUUGGUUCUGGCCACUACACUGCCUUUUGUUAUAAUACAGAAGGAGGCUUUUGGGUGCACUGUAACGACUCCAAACUGAGCGUGUGUGCCGUGGAGGAAGUGUGUAAGGCCCAGGCCUACAUUCUCUUCUACACACAGAGAAACUCUCAGGACAAAAGCAAAGCCAGUGACCUCUGACCCCUCCCGAGUACCCCCCCACGAACCACAGAGACUGUUUGUUUUGUACAUUCUGUUGAUAUAGUUUUAAGACGGUUAGCUCUUUUUUAGCAAACGCGGAGAGCAUGUUUUUGUCACGCACACUUAUGCCUUACAGUUUUACAACUGACAGAUUUCGGUAGGAGGCAUUCUUGCAGUCAUUGUAGCAGUUUGCUUUUUUUUUUUGCGUAAACGAGCCGCUCUCAUCGCUGUCUGUGAUCGUUGUCCACAAACCAAAGUCGAGAUGUGAAUGUGUACCGAGCCCGAAAUGUGUGUAGCGUCGGUAUGAAAGAAACAUUUUUUUUUCUUCUUCUCUUCAUAUCGCAAGUGUUUAAAUAUCUUGAACCAUAUUUUAAGAAGUGCCCUGCCAAGUCGAAUCGGUUUCAAGAGACUUUUAAACAAGACUCGAUUCAGGAAUUUUUCUCAGAAUGUAGUUUUAUAUACCUGGUAUUUGGGUAGAGAUUUCUUUUUUUUCCCAUUUUACAGGAAAAUGUUAAAGACUUUUUCACCAGCAAAAGACAAUGUGUGCCGUUAAAUUCUCCCCUGUCCGUGUGUGGCGUUAAGGACUGUUCUCUAUAGUUCGCGCGGUUUUUUGGUUGUUUGCGCAACUCACACACACACACACACUUGCUCAAAUAUCUUACGGUGUUUUCCGCAUCUUGUUUGUUGUUCAAACCCAUUUUCCUCUGCUCUCGGGCAAGUAUAGAUGUAAAACUAUGCAAAUUGUUACCUCAAUUCAUAGAGAAAAAUUUACCUCAAUAAAAAGGAGAAUAUUUUUGCAUUUUUCUAA